GUGUUCAUACUUACCGUAGUUCCUUGUUUUCUGUGGACUCUGUAUAAAUAAUGACUGAGAGAAAGUGUCCGUAGUUCAAAAGUUCUUUGAUGACUAAGACAUGACUGAAGACUGGUGGAAUCUUUCUACAAAAAGAUGUCUCGCCUUUACAGAGACGUCAAGUGCUUAUGAAGUCAACUGAAACGUUCAACCACAUCUGGACUCAAGAAACUAGAUGGUCAUAAAACGAUCAACAGUGCUACCCCUAAGUGCUUUGAACAGACUUAGGUGUCUUUCAAUGAGGAACAUCUCAGCCAGAUACCUGUGCACAUUUCACUACACAAAUAGGCCGUUAUAAUUAUGUAUUAAUUGUUAAAAUAAUAAUUAGGUUAAUGGUCAUAUUUUAUGAGUCUCAGCAACAGAACAUUUGCUACAAGUCAAUCUGUAAAUGUGUUCAAACAGAUUAAGUCGAUUUCAAUCAGUGAUCUAAUAUACAUUUCAGUAUUGAUUUCUAAAAGAGUCGUUGUACCUUUAUAAUCGCAUGUCUUCUUUUGCUUCUAAGUAGUGAGUAGUAUAUGUUUUAUUUUUGUGUGUGUUAAGCUACUAUGUUCUGUAAAGGAAAAGCUUUACUUUCAUAAUUUAUUUAUAUGUAUUAGCUUAUUGUAAACAAUUAAGUUGUUUGGGUUUUUAUGGGUUUUUGUUUUUUUCUUAUCUGUCUACAUCUGGUUAUGCGUGGUAUAGUUGACUUUGUCUUUAUAGAGAACGGCUAUUUGGACGUUGGAAACCAGUCGUUUGCUUAUCUAGAUGACCCUCAAGUACAAGAUGCAAGGAACGUCUUUGUCAGCUUUUGCAUCGGCUACAUUCCUGUCAUCCUCUUGUGCAGCAUUCUUGUCUUUUGGGGUGUCGUCCUCUACCCAGGGUUUCACAGCACAAACGACUAUCUCCUGAUGAGCAUGUCUGUGGCGGACUUUCUGAUGGGGGUCUUCUGUUUGCCGAUGAGUAUUCUGAGCAAUCUCCGUAGCACGCAAGGCAUGAUACUUUCCAACAAGUACGCCUGCUUGGCGUGGUUCUCAUCCAUCAUCCUGGCAGGGGCGGGCUCCCUCCACACGUUGCUGCUCAUUGCCUUGGAUCGUUACAUCGCCAUCAUGUUUCCGCUCCGCUACCACGACAUCGUCACGUUCAAGAGAGCCACCAGGACGAUCUUGUUGACGUGGCUGUACGUGGUCAUCAUGGCCUUCAUCCCGAUGCUGGGUUGGCACACAUACAUGCCAGAGGUCAGUGUGCUGACGGCGCGAUGCAACUUUUACACCGCCCUGCCCUUCACCUACGUCGUAUGGUCGUCUAUCACCACCGUGUCCGUGACCGUUGGAGUCUCAGCCAUUCUGUAUGUUCAGAUCAUCGGCGUGGCCUUAAGGCAGGUGCACCAGUUCAGAAAGCAAAUGAUGAUGCUCUCACCCUAUCAAAUAUGUAAGUUCGAGAGCCGAGUGAGAUCGGUCAAGGUCACUUCUUUCCUAAUGCUAGUCCAUAUGCUUCUGUGGUUACCCUAUCUCCUGUUUGCGCCUUUAAAAUAUUACGACGUCGUCUCCCCAAAGAAUAUGGAGAUCAUCCAGCUGGCGGUACAAACUGUGAACUUUGCCAAUUCCCUUGUCAACCUGCCCGUGUACUCCAUGGGAAGGCAAGAGUACCAAGCAGUGUUUAAAUUAAUGCUGACCACAAGUCCAUUGCGCUGGAAAUCGGCGUUAAGGAAUCUUUACAGAACUGUCAACUCGGGAAUGUACUCCAAGGAGACUGCGCUAACCUCAGAACGACACACUGUACAUUUUGAGACCGAUCCUCAUUCCAGGUCUACAUUAUCAGACAACGUUGACUAUCAAACAGAGCUUGACCUCUUUAGGUUCUCUUUUGAUAGAUCUACAUCGGUGGACUCCAGUUGGAAGAGGAGCUCGCAGAUAACUGAGUCGGAUUACAUCUCCAAGAAGUUUGCCGAGUCAGAGGAGCUUCAGAAGCAAUCUCUUUAUUCAGCUGCCUCUAAAGGAGUACAACCGGAAGGAAGUUCCGUCAUGCUUGGGGAUCUUACCAACGACUACCUUUUAAUCAAAUUAUUUAUGGACAGGGAACUAGCUUUGAACCAAAGCGUUGAAGAUACGGACGAGGACAACGACUACAUCAAAUUCUAUCAGCACAUUACUAAUGUGGGCAGCAGUGUAGAUGAGAGCAUUCCUUUUUACGAAUUACUUAAGCAGAGUAUGGCCACCGUUGAGUCAGUUAAUGCCAAUACCGGAGUGAAUGCUGCUCAAGGCAACAGAACAACCUAUCUGAAAAAAAUUUCAGACCGUAGUGAGAUGAAUAGGAAAUCUUUGUUUUCAGAUAUGUUCGAGAAGCAAAAGAAAGAGAUAGAGCUUCAAAACUCUGGGAAGUCUCAAAGACUUUUCUUGAAUAAUAUGAAAGGAAAGGAUAGACCUCCCUUCGUUGACCGGCAAGGGACAAAUCAAGGUGUGGAUCACACAAAAGCAGCUUACAACAAUGUUGAAACUACAGGCUUACCAAAUGGUGCGGAAAAAAGUUCGUCCAGUAAAGAGAGCGCAGGCUCCAGCAUAGAAUCUUCAAAAGAUCACUAAAAAAUUUCAUCCCAAGUGUAAAGUAAAGAUUCUUCCAUUCAAUCAACGUGAAGAGCACGGACUAGCCAAAUAUACAUUUUCUUCAAGUCAACAACAAAUACAACGGAAAAACAACUAUCUAAGACUACGACUUUACAAAUGAACAAUAGAAGUUAUAGCCCAUGCACAUUUUUUUUGACUUAUGGGUCGAGAAAAUGUCCGGAAGACUGCAACUUAUGGAUAUCAUUCGACCUCCGACCUCUAGUGAUCAAAGUUGAAAUGUCCAACCAACGAAUGGACGCAAUGGCUUAAGUAGAUGGUGAAGUGUAAUAUGUAAUGAGUGCACUGAAUAGACUUUCUGCUGGGACGAAGAGGAACACUUUCAUAAGACGGACUAGGGUGAUCUGGGAACAUGAGUUGGUUAAUAAAGAAUUGUGCUGAUAUGACAAAUGGAUUGUCGAUAGGACCAGUUGGAUGUGGCUCAAGAUUCAGGUCCUGGUGUUGGUGGGGUGUGGACAUUUUUAUGUGACUACAAACAAAAUAUUAAAUCAAUGGUUAUUACA